CGGCAAAGGUAAACUCGACAAGGGCCAUUCAGGUCCAUUUCCACUGUUCCCAUUAAGGCCCACGGGCUCACUUGGUGGCCCACGGUUUGACUUAGCAAGGCCCGCGAUUCUAAUUCCCCGCCGUUUCGGUUUCUCCUCCGCCAACUAAUUUCCCGGUCUUCCCAAUUUGCCGUAUCAGAGUCAAGACUCUCAGUUUUCUCUUCCGUACUGAGAAUGGAGGAGACUGAAAUCGCGAGGACAGGGCCGGCGAUCGGCGGUUACGACAGGCUCAGCUUCUUGCCGGACGAAGUCAUCUCCCACAUCCUUUCUUUCCUGGAAACCAAGUACGCCGUCGGCACCGCAGUUCUCAGCCGACGGUGGGAAGGUCUUUGGACUAGGGUUUCCAGUCUCGAUCUCGACAACCGCUAGGUUUUCAAGACACUCGACGAAGCGCAGCAACUGGAACCUCUUACAGAUAUUCGAAAGAGGAGAUACUUUCAAUUUGGAAGCUUCGUCGACAAGGUACUGAACCAGCACAAGAAUCUCGAUUCUCUUAGGCACUUCCGCUUGCAUGUUUUAGUGGAUUAUCAUCCCGAGAUGGUGAUCCCUGGAGUUAGGUUUAAGAGGGAGCUGGUGUUUGGUCCUCUAAUGGAAGAGAUUGAUGUUAUGAUUUGCGAGGAUUUCAAACUCGCAUUCCCUCGCUGGAUUCCAGGAAACUUCUAUACUUUGAAGAAUCUCAAAGUUGCAAAGCUUUCCGAGGUCUUCCUGUGUGCAAUAAGAGAGUCCGUUUCUCUUCCUAAUGUGGAGAUUUUACAGCUUUCCUUUGUGGAGUUUAAGGACUUCGAGUCAUUAGGCAGGCUGAUUUCUGGUUGCCCUGUUCUAAGGACUCUCCAUCUGGAGAUUUGCCGCCCCUCUUAUGACUGGUAUAAAAGCUAUGGGGAACACAUUAUCGAAGUUUCCUUACCAUGCUUGAAGAACUUGAAGAUUACCGAUUCUGAUCGUUGCAAUGUUCCAAUGUGUUCCUUUGUUAUGGAAGCACCAAAUCUUGAAGAUCUCUAUCUUGAGCAGUUUGCAGAUUUACAGGUUAAGGGCAGUGGUCCAUUGUCACGGCUUCAUUCGGCACGUGUUGGUGCACGCGAGCUGUGUCGAAGCUCGUAUCACGACCUGAUUCGCCUCGCUCAACUCUCUAAUGCAAAGCAAAUGAGCUUAUCUGGGCAUACUCUGAGUCAUCUGUUCGUUGUUGAUGAAUAUGUUCGACUGCCUGUCUUCCCCAAGUUGACAUGUCUGACUAUUGAAAUGGGGGGCAGUAGCUGGGUUUUGCAUUCCUUGCUGAACUCCGUCCCAAACUUACAGUCUCUUGUCAUUGACCUGAAUAUCACUGCAACAAUGAUGUGGGAGAGUCUAGAAGGUGCUUGCACGCCUCAGUGUUUGUUAUCGAGCCUGGAGGAGAUCGAGGUCAAGCAACUUGUAGGGUUUAACGACGAGAAGCGAAUCAUAGCGUACUUUCUCAAGGCUGGAGCGGUCCUGAAGAAGGUGAAUAUGCACGUACAUCAAGCUUUUCAUCAUAUAACGAGCCGCAAAGAUCUUGUGUCGCUGCUAAAACCUUCAAGAGGAUCGCGUGCCUGUGAAGCUUGUCUCUUCUUUCUGAAUGGCGAGCGUGUGUACAGCGAUAACGAUGAUGAUCAGAGCAACACCGACGACGACAUAGAUGAUGACUCUAAUGGCAGUGACGAUGAGUCCGACAGCAGCGCAGUGAGGAGAGGAUUUUCUUUUGUUUGGGCAAGGAAGCUCUGAUAACAUGAUGAAACUGCAUUUUGAUUUCCAUUAGUUCACUAGGCUGAAGAUCCUUAUGUGUUCUAUUCUGAUCAGAUCAGAGAUCAUCAUGUGAGAACCAAAUCAGUUGUUCAUAUUUAGGUAUCUACUACUGCAUCUUGAGGGCCACCAGUAUUUGGGAACUGCUGAAGUGAGGAUACGGCCAGAGAUAAAUGGGCCAUGUUGUUACUACAGUGGUAGGCCCGUGGGCCACUAAAUGGUCUGAUCAGGUGGUGACGGGUUUAACAGGUUGCGUAUUAAGAAAAUCAUUUUCACUCAUUAGUCAUUACCAUUUACCCAUAAUAUUUAAAAUCUCAUUUUCCUCAUACGUGUUGAAAAUCAUUUGGGUCCGAGUUUUUUCCAACCAAAUUAGAAAAUAUUUGGGAAAUUAUCUAUAGCAAUUAAUAUUUUUGUCAUCUAUAGGCGCGACAUCAUUUUGAGAAUUAAAUGACGUAGGAAGAGCAAUAUAACAAUUCGGAUAAGACUAAUUUAAAAUUUUACGCAUGAUUCAUGACCGUACUAUCAAGUAUCAUGGUUCUAUGGAGUAGUACUUUUUAUUGGGUGAAAGAAAAGAGACCGCAUAUUUGGUAUAGCUCCGAUCUAAAAUAGAUUGUUUGGUACUCAUAGAAGAUUGUGUUGCUAACUUUAUUAGAUUAACAACUAAUAAAGCAUUGUUAAUUGUUAUUAAUUAAGAAGAAGAUAUGAUAAUAAAGGACAGCGUUUACAUAAGGGUUGUCUUUAUAUUAGGACUCGACCUUUGAUUAUGUCGGAUGAUUAUCUGUUUGGGGUGGAGUUAGUGUGGGUCCAAUUGGAAUUGGCUGGCUCCAUUAUUACACCUAUUUCCAAUUUUCAGGUCAUAAUAUAAGAGCCAUCAUUAAAUAAACAACAAUUACGUAUAUAAGCAAAUAUCAUUUAGGAUUUUACACAAACAAAUUUUUAGUUAUUAUAAAUAUUUGUUAGGUAUUACUAAUUAGGUUUAAAAAAAAAAAGAAUGAAGUGUUAUUUUUUACUACAACAUUUUGUCUCUCCGAGUUCUGGAUCUGGACCCUCCUAAAUGAGAUCAUGUAUGGAUUGUAUUCUCAAUCCACACAACGUUAAUAUCUGUUUAGGAUAAAUAAUCAUGCUCUGCAAUAAGAUGUCAACAUAAGU